AUGGAGUGGCCAGCUAGGAGUAACAAUCGUGAUAACAAUGGAGACGACGAGCUUUUUGGACAGCAACCGGCUGCCAGGCCGAUCACGUAUCGAUCGAACAAGUUCCGUAUCUUGACCGACGAAGACCGAACAGGUAUCAGUGUGACAUCUCACUUGGAGCAAACAGGUGAUGCUACUUUGGACGACUCCACAGAUCGACCGUCAUUUACGCUGAACACUAAUGAUGAUCUGACUCAGUUCGAUCUCGGCACUGAAGAAGUGAGUGAUUCCAUGGAUGAUUCUUUUGCUUAA